GCUCCAAGACUGCACGCAUACAUACAAUUAUGCUUGCACGUACGUGUACAGUAACACACCACACACCCACGCCUACCCACAGCUAUCAUACUCUCGUGCAUAUACAAUAAUAUAUAUUAUGCACCUAUGAAUAUGUUGUUGUUGAAAGUGAUCCGAAUUAUUCCCAUCGAAUUCGAUGAUCGCUCUGCUGCUCGGACGCGUUAUUAAUCGUCAUAAUAAUAUAAUAUCAUAAUAUACUAUACCAAUGAAGAAUUAUCGUCAAUAUUGUUUUUGAUUUGCCCGCGAUUCACAGCGAAAGUCCAUCAAUAACACCGGAACAUUUGCUUGGUUCUUCAAACAGCGAAUUGAAAAUGGUCCAGAAAAGUUAACAUACAAAUUUACAAAUAGUAACAAUAAUACAGAAACUAUUAACUCCGGAGGUUCAAAAAUAGUUGGGAAACUUGUAAAAGUCAAGUUUUCAAAAUCAUGCACCGCACCAAUCAUAACACCUCUGAAGUUACAAGACGUCGUUGAACAAUUAGAAAAAUCGGCGUGCGGUCGGCGCCAAGACGAAGUUGACGGUUUCGGUGAAGGAAAGCUGCGACAAGAUCACGGUGAGAUAUCGGAACACCAAGAUCACGGUGCGGAAUACGUGCCAUCGCCUCUCGGUCACCGUGACGGUCAAGCUGCAGGCAUCGACGAACCGCGGGGACGGUUGAUCGCCGGCUGUGACGUCCCGCUGAUCGUCACCGGUCCGGCUCCCAUCUAUCCGGCCAUCCGCGCUUCGCCCAGUCCCACCACAUCCACCAUCACCACCAGCCGCCUGCAGCUGCAGAAGUGUCUCCAGCAUCCUAAGGUCGAGGGAUCGACGACAUCUUCUGCCCGACCGGAAGUCAUGUUGCAACAGUAUCAGCAACAACCGGAUUACACGCCCUACGGUGGCAUCGGGUACGGUGCGCAGCCCAACGCCGGUUACUUCAACUAUGCCGCCACCGAGUCCUCCUGGUACGGUUCGCCGUCGUCAGGUGCCACCGAUCACGCGCAAAUGCAUGCCAGUUUAUCGCAUAACGCGUGCAACACACAUAUCGGCGACAGUACAGGAAACUUCCUGAACCAUGGUUAUCAUCAGGCUACGUCGACAGGAGCGUCGACGUCUUCGGCAGAAUCGUUCGCCGCCAACAACCAUCCGGUGUCCCAGGCCGACAUGACAGACCCCAUGGCUGAUUUCUUGGGCGGCCACCAAAACAUGACCGAAAACGAUAAGAUCAUCAAGGAGGAGUCCAUAGACUGGCUCUCGACCAUCAUAAACGACGAAGUCGUCGAUCACGGCAACCGGCCCGACGCUUGUGAUGGGGACGGUGGAGGUGUGACGGGCUCAGGUGGCAACGGCAAACUCGUCGGCGACUUAACGUGCGAGGGCAGGGAGUCCAACGGCAGGUUGCCAAAUUUUCAUCAGGCCUUCGGGUCCACCGAGAUAGGCAGGUUCUCGCAGCACGAGUACUACGAACCGCCGAAAGACACGGCAAUCGGCGAAUGUCAGUCGGCCGGUCGGUCGGGCUCGACUACCGCACAACAGCCCGGCGUCGGGACGUCGCAGCGAUCCGACGAACAGCACACGGCGGCGGCGUCGUCGUCGUUCGAACCACCGCGGCAACAGAACAGGCGUGGACGCGCGCAGCGUGGCGGCGGCCAAAACAGGCGCAACAAGCAGACCAGAACGGCAGCCGCCGCCGCUGCAGCGGCUGCCGCCGUGGCCGCCCAACAGUACGCGGGUUACGACGUGACCGGUGCCGCGGUGGGCAGACAUCAGGUACCUCCGUACCACCACCAAGACCCAUACAACCGGAACCAUCAUCAUCACGCCCAACAGCAGCGGUAUCACCAAGAAUACCAUCACCAAAACCAGCAGACGCCUUACCAGAACCACCAACAGGAGUAUUACAGGCCGUACGACCGGAUGCAUUACCAGCAACAACAGCAGCCGUUGCCAUCAAACCAGUACUACAACAGCAGCAACGGUAACAACAACGGCGGCGGAGGCAGUGGCAGCAACAGCAACAUCAACAUGAACAACAGUAACCGGGAACAGUCGUAUGCUGGCGGAUACAACCGGUUUCACUCGUGCUGCUCUACCGAGCACAUAGCCAGGCCCAGUCAUCACCAUAACUACGGUCCGGGCCAGUAUUACGGUGAUUACAACACCUACAACCAAUGGUGAUGAGAAGUCCUCAUCAUCUCACCGCCGCCGCCGUGUCGUAAAAUAUCGUUUUUAACGUCAUUCUAUAAAAAAAAAAGUAAAAUAAAAAAGGUAUGUUUCGUUUGUGCGCACCAACAACGGCGGGUGUGCCUUUCAAACACCUCUCCCCCAAACCCAGUCAUCCCACCCCUAUCAGAUACAAAAAUAAUAUUUAUCAAAUUAAUAUUUUUAACUCACUGUCUGUGAUACGAUGACGAUGGUAAUACACGGUAUAACGAUUAUUUCAUGUAUUAUUAUCACACGUUAUUGUGCAACAACAAAAUUUGUGGCUUAAAUACGAGUAGAAUGCCGUUUUUUUUCUCGGACACUCAACGAGUCAAUUAUAACGUCGAAAACGAAAUUCCCGAUUUGUAUAUUUAAUAUUCCUCUCGUGACACGUUUUACAACAGCACCUGGCGUGUAAAAAGUAAAAACGGUAACUCGAUGUCCUAUUUAAAAUGAUAACUUUAUGACUUUAUAACUAUUCAAAACAAUAUUAUUAUUGUUGCAUUAAUAUAAUAAUAUUAUGUCGAACAAAAACCGAGCUUGUGGUCGCUGCGUCCCACACGACCGACAACGACAUUAUUGCGCAUGGACACCGAAAUCGUUGGCCUCGAGAGAUCUAUAAUAUUUAUGUGAAAUUACAACGUGGUGCCAGAGAAGACUUUCGGUUUUGUCAGAUCCGUGGAUCUUGGAUCUCAUCAUCCGGCGUGUGUCGUCUUCAUAACACGUGUGUGUUCUUUCCCCAAACGCGAAAGGGAGAUAAAAAACCACGACGACGAAGGUCUUGUCUCGUUUCGAUGUUUUAUUAUCGUAUAAUUUACAUUAUAGUGUUUAAGUCGUUGUGCCUUAUUAAUUAACGGUUAAUGUUGUAAAAUGCACCAUUAUAUUAUUAUUAUUAAAUUAUGAAUAAAUUAUAUAUUACUGUAUAAAAUAUUAUCAAUAGCAUAUUUUUUUUUUUACAUAUAUAUAAUUUAUAUAUAUUAUUAUUAUAUUAUAUAAGACAUAAUUGGCGAGCGAAUCCGCGUUUAAAAGAAGUCCGGUGCCGGCAGUUUUAUUUACAUUUUGUUUUUAUUAUCAUAUUGUUUAGUUUUGUUUUCCGAUUCCGUUUGUAUAUUAAAAUAUAAUAAUUUAUCGUAUCUGUAUUGCUGGUAAGAGGGAGCAAUGACACAAGUUUUUAAAGCUGUGCGCUACAUAUUAUUUCGUUUUAGAAUAGAUAAGACAAAGCCUGCAGCAGUGUUUUUAUCCUACUAAUAUUAGUUGUCCGUUUGUUUGUAUCAUUACUAUAUUAUUAUUACUAUCGAUAUUAUUAUAUUUUGUACGUGCGUAGUCUUCCUGAAUACAUUAUAUUAUAUUAUAUUAAUAUUAUUAUUAGGUCCGGUCAUAUAAUAUAAUAAUAUUAUUAUGUUGAUGUACGAGAUCAUACUGCGAUAGAGCUUCCUCCGUUAACAAUCUCAUCGCGACAAUAUCGCUUACGGGUCAUUGCGACCUGCGGGACCGCGAUUAGUUGUAUUAAUCAUUAUUAUUAUUAUUAUUAUUAUUAUAUAAUUUUUUUAUGGUCUUAUCAGUUUUUAUUAUUUUAUUUUUACAUUUGAAAACGGAAUUUAGGCUCAACUGUUACACGGACCAAUAGUAUAAUGAAUUUAUAUACCUACCUACCUAAUUAUGAAUAUUCAUAAACCUAGUUUUCUGUCACUGUGAUCGAGUAUAUAUUAUAUGUUACACACUAAUAUUAUGUCAAAUAAUGAUGUAUUAUUAUAAUACCGUAGUGCGUGUUUGACCUUUACACGAUAAAAUUAAAACAAAUAACGAUAGAGCCAUCAUACUCCUCUAUAAGUUCGAAAAUCGUGAGAAAAUAAAAUAAUAAUUGACUUGCAAUAGCUUAUAAUUAUAAAUUUAUACAUUAUUUUAAAGGAAACCACAAUCUAUAUACUGUAUAGAUAUGUUCAUUUAAAUUUUGAGUAGAGAACACUUCCCGCAAGGUACAUAAUAACAUUGCAGUGUUAGGUAUACCAUCACGGUAUGAUAAUAAUAUUAUAAUAUUAUGUGCAUACACACAAAACAGCUUGAUAAUAUUAUAUAUAUUAUAGAACAGUGAAUAGUGUAAAUUCUGGUCGAAAAUCUA